AUGGUAGCUCCGUCAGCCCUCAGAUUCAUCGGUCUAAAUGCGCUCAGACUUCUCAGCGUAUGUAUCCUCCUCCUUACCGUGGCAGCGCUGAUCGACUUGAUGGUUCUCGAUGCCAAAGCCAUCAACGAGCUAUCGCCUGAGGAGAAGAGCGACGUGGAGGAGGAUUGCAGCUACUUUGCGGGCACGAGCGUACCCACCCACGUGUGGGGUCUAUUUUGGUGCCAGCUCAACAGAACGUUCCUCAUCAUCCUAGCAUUCAUUGGUCUUGCUUCCGGUGAGCUGCGCAUGGUUACACGACAGCACAUGGAACGGAUCCGAACUGACAUGAUCUGCCACGAUAUCGUCCGUCAACAGAACUCAAUUGGGGCGGUUUAGCUGAGCGCUUCUUCAAUCACAACAUUCCAAUGCUCAGCUCAUCCUUCUCUACCAUGCCCUUGGGCGUACUCGAAAUCAUGGUGCGUGUCAUGAUGUCAAAGGCCCCUGCGUCACGCUGACUGAGUCCUCGUCCUGCGCCACUCACCUUCAUCGCCCAGAUUGGCACCUGUAUGCUCAGCUCUUUUCUCUGGAUGUUCCCCCUCGUCGUGGCGUGGAUGCUCGUUGUCAUUGGUCUGCUGAACGUCAUCCUUGGCGCGCUCUUCCGAUCGAGGGGCAAAGACCUACGCUCUGUCAUGACACGCAAGCAGAAGAAGGCGGACAUCAAAGAGGUUCGGUGGGCGUCCCCAAGCGAAAAAAGAAUAACGGUGCAAAUGCUAAGACCGAAAAACGUCCGGGAGAACGCGUGGCACGCUUUCGAAAAGCUUCGAAAGGGCAAGGACAGCACGAUUGACAGAGCUGCGGUCGGAUUAGCCAGCACAAGAAGCGGUACAUCUCACUUGCCCCUUUGGUCAGAUCCGAACAGCGCAGCGCGUGAUCCUGCUGGGGCGGCAGACAUCAAACUUGCUAGAGCCAAUUCGCGGUCAGCGCAUCCGGAUCAGGCAAGUGACUUUCCUUCUUUAGAGACCAGCGGCCAAUCGGAGCUGCUGAGACAACGAGCUCGUGAAGCGAAUGUGCGAGCCGAGCGUGAGCAAGAAGAAAGGGAAAGAAAGAUGUUUGAGCUGCGUAGAUUGAUGCAGCUCGAAGAUGAGCAGGAGUACAACGCGGAGCGCGAUUUGGAAGCUGGCAUGCGACGGCUGAGCGAAGAGUAUGAGUGGAAUGAUGAGAAGAGCAUCGCAGUGCCGCGCGUUCACCCACACGCCGACGAGUCUUCAGAUCAAGAGGACAGAGCGGCACUUGCAGCCCCAAUCUGGGCUGCUCAUCGAACUCCUGACGACGCGCGGGAAAGGAAGGAGAUAAUGCAACAAGCUGCAAAAAAGGACGCGCACGACUUCAUGCACAAGGGACGAGUGAAAGCUCGUGAGGAUUCGACCGCUUGGAAUGAAGGGGCUGGGGAUCCUUCUCGUGCAGGACCGUCUGCUCCGGCACCACGAGAGCCUCAAGUCAGCGGCAGAAGAUGGCCCAAGUCACCUGGCUUCGGUAGCAGUGCAAGGGAAUUCACCGCGAGAGUGGGCAGACGUAGCCUUGUGCUGAGCCGACACCUGAAGGAGCUGAAAGCGACAGCAGUAUCUCCCAAAAGCCCGAAAUUCACCGUCGGAAAGGGCAAUCCCAAAGCUCGCGUGCCACGUCUGCCCUUGGGCAAAGCUUCUGUCGGCCAACCGAUUCCUGGAAGGUUUCCCAAAUCUCCGACGAGAUACCUAACGCGUCCUAGACGGGCAACGAACGCCUCGUCGACUGCGAGAUCGUCCUAUUACGAAUCUGCAGAUGAGGAACCUGCUUCCCCAGCCGAUCGACAACAUCCGACCCAGGAUGCUGUAGAACAUCAUCAUCCAAUUUCGACCCACUACGACGGCGCCAACUUUGACUUCAUCGAGGUGGGACCACCUCCGCUUCCAAUCCGUGCGGAAGAAGUAGUCAAAUUGGGACGGUCAGCUUCAUCCGUCAACAAGCAUACGAUGCCAAGAAUGCCUCCUCGAGCUUUUGUGGAAGCAGGCGGAGGUCGCGUGAUGAAGGCUGAACCAGACGACGAGUUCAGAAAAGACUCGCUCGACUCUCUCACUUCAACGAGCCAGCCCGGCAUCAACGCGUCGCGAGGCGAAGGGCACAUCAUCAUCCACGAAGCCGACGGCAAAAAGAACAAAGCUUCGCAGUACCCAAUCGCUCGACAAUGGGCCAGCGAAUGGAAUCGCGAUCGCCUAUUGCGCGACGAUACCGACGACGACAUUUCGACAAGAAAGAGACCACUGAACAUUCCUGCUGGUCGUUCGUUGAAGAGCAGAGCUCAGCAGACCUCGCAAGUCGCAACAUACCGUACCGAUGCUUGGGCUCCCAAGAGCAGGAGACACAUCCCAUCGAGCGGUCCACCCAUCUGA